UUGGUGAUUUUCUCAUUCCUUUUUCUGCUUCCUAAGUGGGUGAAGGAAGUUCAAAUAAGAGCUGCACCUUUCUGCUCAACAGAGAACUACGAGAAAGAGUGACAGAGGAAAAUGAAAUAUUCACCACUUUGCUUUUUGGUGGCCUAAGCAGAAGUUCCAUUGUAGUUCCUCACUUUAUGGUAGAGUUUCUUCCUCCAUUGGGAAAAAAGAGCUAUUAUUCAUGAGAGGAACGUGCUACUUGUAAACUACACUGCUUCGAUUUUAUACAAUAGUCAUAUAAAUCUCCAUAAAAUAACGUUGUUGAAUCUUCUUAUAAACACAUUCAACAAUGGAGAGUUGUCUAAGCCACUUUAACAAAAAGGAAAACCACACACAUUAAAAUUUCCUGUGGGUUUGGCCAUCAAUCAGGAGAAGGACAAAAGGGAUAAAACAAAACUUGUGUGUCAUGGAUUCAAUUGCUAUGGAAUCACCACAAGGCUACCCACACUAUACAAAGGAUGAUCUCCACAUCAUGAAAAGCAAAGGCAACAAGAACAACAAAUCUAGAGAAAUUGGAAUGGAAGCUAGAGGUGGAGGAGAAGUAAGAAGGCUUCACAUCAUUUACUUCCUUAGUCACAUAGGUGGUCGUUCAGAUCAUCCUCAUCUAAUUCGUGUUCUUCAUCUUGCUCGUAAUGGGGUUUAUCUAAGAGAUGUAAAGAGAUGGCUUGGGGAAUUGAGAGGAAAAGACUUGCCUGAGGCUUUUGCUUGGUCCUACAAGAGAAGGUACAAGAGUGGAUAUGUGUGGCAAGACUUGUUGGAUGACGACCUCAUAACCCCCAUCUCUGACAAUGAAUACGUCCUCAAAGGAUCACAAAUCCACCCUACCCCAUUCGCAACAACAACUCCACAUGAUGAAAAGAAAACUACUGUUUGUGACAUCCAUGCUGAGAGGAAAUGUCCUCAAGUACAAGUUGUAGAGGACAAACAACAGCAGCCAUCUUUAGCAGAAAAACCUCAAAUUCAACCCGACCCGGAUUUGAAAACGGAUACUCCAACAAAAGGGUCAUCAGAAAUCAGCCAGGACUCAUUGGUUUUCAGCUCAGACAGGUCAUCUGUGACUGAUGAUGAUUCUUCUAAGGUUGAAGAAGAGAAGCAUUUAGAGCUAACAGGCAAAGUUGGUUUGAAUGAAAUUAAGCAAGAGAAGUUAGAGACUAGCACAUUGCCUUCCUUGUAUCACAAUCUGUUGAGUAAGAAGGGUAGCCGUAAAGAUGACCAGAACAAAACUAACUCGCCUGAUUCAUCCUUGUCCACUGUAUCAUCAUCAUCAUCUCAAUCUUCCUUUACCAAGACCAGAAGCAAUUCCACUAGAGUUUCUAGUGUGUUCCGCAAUUGGAUUACUUGUGGCACGGUGGAAACAAAUGAUGCAGCCCUGGUCCUGAUGAACCCUGCUCAAAAAAAAUUCUCCAAGGAGCUUGACAACAUACCUGAAAUAAAGGGUGAGAUUUGUAAGGGUGACAAAUUGGGAGGAUCAGCCAGGUGUUUUGGGACUUCUUGGAGUACUCAUCACCAGAAACAACAAUAUGGGGCAAGAAAAAGCUUUGAUGGAGAAGAAACAACCGGGAGAAGGAAAAAGUUAGGGGAGUUGAUAAAUCAAACUUCUAGCAAACCAUUUGGUGGACCAAUUUGCUCGCAAUGUGGGAAGUCGUUUAAGCCUGAGAAAAUGCACAAACACAUGAAGUCUUGUAAAGGAAUGAAAGCUUUGGGAAAGUCAACUACAAUCGUUGAGGAGUCACAACUUCAGACAUCAUCAACCUCAUCCGACACAGAUUACUUUUUGACAAACUAAAUAUGAAUACUAAGGUUAAAUGCUUGGCUUCACACCACAAGGCAUUUGGCUUUUAAGUUUUGAUGUAACUUCUCACUUGGUCUCAGUGUCCUUUUAAAAUGUCUUUCUUUAUAGCAUGAUUCCUCAUUCUGUCUUUAAACUGAAA